CCAGUUGCGUUUGACGAGCUCCCUGUUGGAGUCCAAAAACGGACCGCCUAUGACAACACCAGUCAAAAAGAACAAGUGUUGUCUAAUUUUCUUCUUCUUCUCUAACAGACUUCACCACGACAACAAGGACAUAUGUCGAAUUCAGAGGGAAACAAACUUUGGGGUGGUCGGUUUGUUGGGGACACCGACGUUAUCAUGGAGAAGUUCAAUGCAUCUAUCGCCUAUGACCAGAGGAUAUGGGACGCUGACAUCAGAGGGAGUAAGGCUUAUGUAAAAGCUCUAGAAAAGGCCCAGCUGGUCACCACUGAGGAGAUGAACGGGAUUUUGCAAGGAAUGGAUCAGAUCUCUGAAGAGUGGUCCAAAGGGAUGUUUGUGAUCAAACCUGGGGAUGAGGACAUUCACACAGCCAAUGAACGCAGGUUAAAGGAGCUGAUUGGUGAGCCUGCGGGGAAGUUACAUACUGGCAGGAGUAGAAAUGACCAGGUUGUAACAGAUAUGAGGUUGUGGUUGCGGGAUGCCAUCUCAACGGUGAAGGAUGAUGCAUUACAGCUGAUAUCCACCAUGGUUGAACGGGCAGCAGCAGAAAUUGAUGUCCUGUUUCCUGGUUACACACACAUGCAAAGAGCACAACCGAUCAGGUGGAGCCACUGGAUUCUGAGUCAUGCGGUGGCUCUCAGCAGAGAUGUGGACCAGCUUCAGGAGGUCAGGAGACGAGUCAACGUAUUGCCGCUUGGCAGUGGUGCCAUUGCUGGAACGCCAUUUAAUAUAGACAGGGAACUGCUGCGUAAAGAGCUGGCGUUUGAUGACAUCAGCAUAAACAGCAUGGAUGCCACAGGCCAAAGAGACUUUGUUGUCGAGUUCAUGUUCUGGACUUCUUUGUGCGUGACUCACCUCAGUAAAAUGGCAGAGGACCUGAUGCUCUACAGCACCAAGGAGUUCUCCUUCCUCACACUCUCUGAUGCCUACAGCACUGGCAGCAGUCUGAUGCCUCAGAAAAAGAAUGCUGACAGUCUGGAGCUGAUCAGGAGUAAAGCGGGGCGUGUGUUCGGCAGAUGUGCAGGGUUUAUGAUGACACUGAAGGGUUUGCCAAGCACCUACAACAAAGACCUGCAGGAGGAUAAAGAGGCCAUGUUUGACUGCUUUGACACCAUUCAUGCAGUGCUGCAGGUGACAACAGGAGUGAUGUCCACUCUAAAGAUCAACCAGAGCGUGAUGGAGGCUGCCCUCAGUCCUGACAUGUUGGCUACUGACCUGGCAUACUACCUCGUUAGAAAGGGGAUGCCAUUCAGAGAGGCCCAUGGAGUCUCUGGCAAAGCUGUGUUUUUGGCUGAAUCAAGGAACAUUGCCCUGAAUCAACUUAGUGUGGAGGACCUUGCAACACUGAGCCCUUUGUUUGAAAGUGACGUAUCUUCAGUGUGGGACUACCUGAGCAGCGUGGAACAGUACAGCGCCCCCGGAGGCACAGCCAAGAGCAGUGUCGCUGCACAGGUGGAGCAUUUGAGGAACUGGCUCAAGAAACAGAAAUAAAUAUUUAUUCCCUUCUCUCCCUCUGACCUCGGCCAACUGUUACGACACACAAUAGCUUAAGUACAUUUCUGACACAAGUUGUUGGUCAACAUGUAAACUGUACAAACAUGUCAUUGGUGACCCACGUGAAUAAAUGAAUUAAAAAUUUUCCACCA